AUGAAUUUGAAUUGUUUGCUUGCGUAAACGUUAAAACGUAAUUAUACUGGUCUACGAUAUAAAUCCAAAACCCAGAACACUCUCCUUUUCAAUUUCUUCUACAUUCAUUUCACUCUCAUUUUCUCUCUCCUCUUUCCUACACAACAAUCCUUACCUGAUAUUUCUUGACAAGUGAGAAAAGUGAAAACAUGAGUGCGAGUGAGCCAACUCGAGUGCUGAUAGGGGUGAAUCAAUCCAGCAUUAAAGGCUACCCUCAUGCCUCCAUCAGCUCCAAAGGUGCUUUUGAAUGGACUCUCCAAAAGAUUGUUCGAGACAAUAUUUCUGGCUUCAAGCUCCUCUUUCUCCAUGUGCAAGUCCCCGAUGAAGAUGGUUUUGAUGAUAUGGAUAGCAUAUUUGCAUCACCUGAUGAUUUUAAAAGCAUGAACACCAGAGAAAAGAAUGAAGGACUGCAUCUCUUGGAGUACUUUGUCCAAAGAUGUCAUGAAAUUGGGGUUGCUUGUGAAGCUUGGAUUCGGAAGGGUGAUCCACAAGAUAUUGUUUGCCAUGAGGUGAAGAGGGUUCGGCCUGAUCUUCUUGUUGUGGGAUGCAGGGGACUUGGACCUUUCCAGAGGGUUUUUGUGGGUACUGUGAGUGAGUUCUGUGUCAAGCAUGCUGAAUGCCCUGUCAUUACAAUCAAGCGACGUGCAGAGGAGGCUCCUCAAGACCCUGUAGAUGACUAAGUGCUUAUGAUGUGGCCGAACCGUGGCUGAACUAUUUGUAUAUAGACCUGAUUUCAAGAUUGUGAACAAUUUGUAAAUUCUGUUAAUUUUAUGGAGACGAUCUCGAGUCAAAUAUGGGUGUGUGAGGUUUUAUUUUGUGUGUAUGACAAUGAAUUGAAGAUGAAUUGUUGUGGUCUCUUGAACAACUGCUUUAAGAUCGUCACACACUCACACUGUAAAUUAUUCAUUUUAUAUCUUUUUUCUAUUUACUGAA